AUGUGUGAUGAUCCACCAGGAUACGAAAGCCUGGAUGUAUUAAAAAAGAAAUAUCCUCUUAUUGAUACAUCCUACGAAUCAGUAAUGCCGUGGAAGCUACCACGUGAGGGGUUUGGUGAUGAAGCAUGCACUGGUCGAGUACAGAAAACUUUGGAAGGAAUUGAGCAGCGAUUUCCCGGUACCGUGGUGCUGCUGGUCUCACAUGGAGCUCCGAUCGGUGCAAUUCACCAGAUAUUAUGUGGCUCAUGGAAAUAUGUCGGCCAAGCAACUGUGUCAAAAUUUGUCAAAAAAUCGAAUGGCCAUUACGUGAAAGAGCUUAGCAGCGAUGCAUCUCAUCUUAGUGACAAGACAAAUUUGAGACCGUGGUAA